CGAAAAAAAUGAUCUCAGCAAAGGGGACCAAACGAAAAAGAAGUGUGAAAGAGGACAAAGCUUCGUGCAAGCCAGAGAAAGCACAAGACAAUGACGGAGUAAAGCCUGAACGGAAGAAGAUACCAAUUCCUCCACUGCCCUUGAAAAUUCCACCCAUCAACCUGCUGCACCGGGACAUUGUGCGUGCCUGGGGCCGGGAACUAAAGCUGAGCACCAAAGGCCAGAAAUUAGAAGUUUAUAAGAGAAUCUGUGAAUAUGCAUAUCCAAAUCAAAAGGAUAUUCCCAACACUGCAAAGGAGGCCAGGAUCCUGAAGAAAUCAGAGCUAAGAGCAUUGCUAGGCAGUGGGAAAAUAACUCCAGAGAGUUCUGAGGAAACUAAUACUCCUAAAGUAACUGCUUCUCCUGUGGAUGUGGGGCCUGCCCCUGUCCUUGAAGCUUCUACUCUUGAAGCAGUUGACACCGUGCUUGUGACAACAUCUGCCCAAGAUGCUGUGUUUGCCUCAUGGACCAGAAUUACUGCCAUGGCUGGACGGAUGGAGGGAAUACAAGAAGUACAGUCACCACCAGAGUUGAGUGAUGUUAGGUGGUGUGUUAUUCAUGGAAGAUGUCUCUCUUCAGAGAGAGAAGGCUGGGUGCGCCUUCAGUUUCAUGGGGGACAAGCAUGGGUACCUGAGAAACAAGGGCAAGUAUGUGCCUUGUUCCUGCUCCCCUCCUGCAAUUUUCCGCCCUCACACCUGGAGGACAAUAUGUUGUGCCCCAAAUGUGUCCAAAGGAAUAGGAUAUUGAUGAAAAGCCUCCAGUGAGAUUAUAUUACCAGGAAAAAGUUACCCG